AUGGAUCAACAACCUUCAUCAAGUUGUGACCAAAGGAUUUUAGCAAGUGAUGUGGACUUCGAUACCAGGAUCCAGAGACUCUUGAACGAUGAUGAUAACCUUUCUGAUGUUAGUUCAGAAGCUGACGAUUCGGAUCAAGAUCCCAACUAUGUUCCAUCAGACAGCGACAGCUCCAAUUGUGACUACAAUGACUCCAGUGAUGAUGAAGAUAUAAUGCUGGAGGAUGCGGUAGGUGUUGUCACUGUAGAUAACUACCUAGAUUCGCAGCCACAAGUUUUACAUGGAAAAAACGGAUAUGAGUGGAGCACUGUUGAGCCUCCAAGAAAUCGGCGAACGCCAGCUCACAAUAUUAUUAGGGGGCUGUCUGGUCUUACUGCUGAGGCUAAAGCUGUGGGCGAAAAUCCAACCAAAAAGGACGUUUGGAAAUUGAUCUUCACAGAUAGUAUGAUAGAUACUAUAGUGAAGGAAACCAAUAGAAAGCUGACGGAGCUUAGAGGAAGAAUAAGUGACCACACAUCAAAGUAUAAUUACAAUCCGUGUGAUCAAGUAGAGGUAAGAGCUCUUUUAGGGUUGUUUCUUUAUACCUCAAUAUUUAAAUCUGGACAUGAAGAUAUGAGAUCUCUGUUCAACAAAGAUCCUACUGGGCGACCAAUAUUUUUAGCUACAAUGUCGUGUAAAAGGUUUGAGAUUUUAAUAUCUUGUCUACGAUUUGACGACUCCACGACAAGAGAACAGCGCAAGGCAGAAGAUAAGGCAGCAGCAAUAUCUGAUUUAUUCAAUCAACUAAUCUCAAAUGGCAGGGGGUUGUUUUGUCCAAAAGCAAAUGUAACUGUGGAUGAGAUGCUUGUGCCUUUUAGGGGCAAAUGCCGUUUCAAACAGUAUAUGCCCAAAAAACCAGCAAAAUAUGGCAUAAAAAUCUUUUGUAUGGCCGAUUCAGGUAGUUCGUAUCUCUGUAAUGCUUUUAUUUACACUGGUAAAAACUGUUACAGUGUUGGUCUCACCAGAGAUGAACAACAACUACUGAAGAGUACGCAGACUGUCAUAAAAUUAACAAAGCAUAUAGAAAGAACCAAUCGUAAUGUUACUGCUGACAAUUGGUUCACUUCCAUCGAGCUAGUUGACCAAUUGAAACUAAGGGGAUUAACAUUUGUUGGCACUAUUAAAAAAAAACAAAAAAGAGAUUCCUCCAGAAUUUUUACCUCACAGGCAAAGACGUGUGGGAUCUUCGCUGUAUGCUUUCCACAAUAA